AUGACUUUGCAACAGUUCCACAACAGCUCCUUCUGUCACCAAGAAAACGAUAGCUCCAAUAUUUACUCUACUACUACUUUCCUCAAUAACUCAUCAAUGGAGGUGUUUUCCCACAUGGGCUCUCUCCGUGUUGCUCCAACUAAUACAAAUUCCGAGAAAAAUAAUCUUAGUAACAUGGGAGAUUUUGAUGAGUUUGAAGAAAAUAUUCAUAAUUUAAGUGGUGAUCAUCAUACUGUGAAAGAAAUGAACGGUGGUGGUGGGCAGUCAAAGAUUUGUUCAAGAGGGCACUGGAGACCUGCAGAGGACACUAAACUCAAGGAGCUUGUAGCUCUUUAUGGUCCUCAAAACUGGAACCUUAUAGCUGACAAGUUGCAAGGGAGAUCAGGUAAGAGUUGUAGAUUGAGAUGGUUUAAUCAGUUGGAUCCAAAGAUCAACAAAAGAGCUUUCAGUGAAGAGGAGGAAGAGAGACUAAUGGCAGCUCAUCGAGUUUAUGGCAACAAAUGGGCUAUGAUUGCGAGGCUUUUCCCUGGAAGAACUGAUAAUGCAGUUAAAAAUCACUGGCAUGUUGUAAUGGCGAGGAAAUUUAGAGAGCAAUCAAGUGCUUAUAGGAGGAGAAAACUGAGCCAAGUUGUUGUUCAUAACAGUACAGCAAUCAGCUACAUAAAUCCAUCAUCAAAAAGACUCAACUCAUUUGCACCUCCCAUUGGUGGAAAUGGGGCUAAUGGUUUUCGUGAUCAUCAUCAACAAGCUGAUGUGAUGAAUGGUGGAGAUUUGUUUCUUGGAUCUACAAACAGCUGCAACUUUAACUUUCUCCCUCUUCAUCAUCAAAAUCAAAGACCUAAUUGUGCUUCUUGUGGAAAUCAGAAACCUCAUUUCGAUUUGCUUUCUGGUUACAAUGGAGAUUACAUGAGUUUUAGCCAGGAGAUGGAAAAAGACAGCUCAAGCUUCAAUGGUUUCAAGCCCUAUACUCUUAAUAAUAAUUUUCCAACGCAACAAUCAAAUGACCGUCACCAUUCUGCAACUUUCUCAGAGACCAUGGCAUCUGCAUCUCAAGUCUCAAUCACUGAGCCAUCAUCUUCAUCACCAUCACUUGCAGAUACCACUGCAACCAGCCAUUUUGAGACUAACAUUUCACCGCCAUUUAUAGAUUUUCUUGGCAUAGGAGCUGCUUCGUGAAGAACAAAAAAUUUCCCACAAGCAGGUAAAGCGAUUUGAACUAGAUAUCGAGUUGCAAACAGUAGCUGAUCAGUCAUCAUCAUUUCAAGUAAACAGAAACCAUGUUUUUCUUUAGGAAUCAUCAUAAAUUAAUGUUCUCACAGCAUAUCUUGUCCAAACUUGAA